UAAAAAUGUUUAUUAAAUUGAAAAUUGAGGUUAGGUUGUAAUAAAUGUGUAUUAAUUUGUGUAUGUUUAUUAAAAAAAGAAUUUGUUGUAAAAAUGACCGAAAUUGAAACUGUAUUUCCGGGUCAUGUUGUAGCAAAUGUUAAAUCCUUGAGAGGUGUUACAAUUUUGGGUCCAGGCCUUCGCCAGAAUGAGGAAAAACCAAACACUCUAUGUGUUGCCCAGCCAGGAAAACUCGUCUAUAAAGAACCUAAUCUAUAUUGGGUCGAAGGAAAUAGGAGAAGAUACAUUCCCAAAAAAGGUGAUUUGGUGGUUGGAGUGAUCAUUAAAAAAUCAGGAGAUACUUUAAAAGUAGACAUUGGUACUGCUGAGCAUGCUGCCCUAUCCUUACUAGCCUUUGAAGGAGCAACCAAAAAGCAGAAACCUGAUGUACAAGUUGGAGAUGUUGUGUAUGCUAGGUUGUUGAAUGCUCACAGAGAAAUGGAGCCAGAGUUAGUGUGCGUAGACUCGUAUUAUAAAGCUGGUCCCUUAGGAAUUCUCUCAGAUGAAGGAUUUUAUAUAAAUGUGUCUCUAGUAUUAGCGCAACAGCUUUUAGAUAUUGAAAAUCCUCUCUUGAGAAUGAUUGGACGAAAGUUUCCUUAUGAAAUAGCUGUAGGUGUAAAUGGUAAAGUUUGGAUUAAUGCUAACACUACUAGUGACAUUCUUAGUAUUGUAAAAAUUUUGGAAACCACUGACCAGCAUCUUAAAAUACCAAAUAGUGUUAGAGCUGCCUCCAAUAUGGAUUCAGCGUAAUGUAAUUUUUAAGUAAAAUAUAAUUAAUAUAUGUAUGCUUUUUAUGUUCUUAUGUAGUAAUACCUUAAUGUUUCAUCUUGGUAUUAAAUUUAUAGAACUAAAUACAAAAUUUAACUAAUCAUUA